AAGGAAGUCUCCCAGAGUCAAAUCGAAAGUUUUUUUUUUAAAACGCAACAGUACUAAUUGUGCACAUGCAGCGAGAUAAUUUAACAAGAAAGGAAUGGGAAAUAAUGAGCUGACGCGUCAUUCAACAAAUUCGACGUCCAGUAGUUCUCCUUCUUUGGUGUCUUUAACGAAUUCGGUGGAACUGCCGAAUCCAAGGACGCCAUCGGUCGAGGAUGAGCCCGACAUGGCGCAGGUGAUGACGACGCUACGAAUCCUGUCGCAGGCCACGAUCUCAAGAAGACAGCAACUUUCUUCAACUUCUUCUUCAACUUCUUCUUCGACAAGCAGUUCGUCAUCAGUGACAUGUCCAAAUUGUCAGAAUCAAUUCGUCCCGGAUAAAUCGUACAGACAUAGCGUUCAUAAUCGGGCCGACAUUUUGAAAAAUUUGAGACAAAUGGAGGUGCAGUUGCGAUCAAGAGGUGAGACGUUACCCGCGUGGGUGGAGGCGUACCGCGUCGGCGAUACGAUCAAAGCGGCCAAAUUGCUCCACCUCAGCUACACGGCGGGCGGGAGGAAGGCUCUUCAGCAACCACGUGGCAACAACGUGCUUCAGGAGGCCACGUCAACCACAGGAACAGCGGAACGGGAUAUGCCUUCAACUUCUGGGCAGGAAGUUGGCGAAAAAAGAAAUACGGACGAUGAAAGAAAUAAAAGAAUCCGGCUAAAUUCUGGGGAAAUUUAAGGACGUUUCUGGAGCUAAAUUUGAGAAUAUUAUAAUAUUUUUAUCAGUAUUGUAUGCAUACAUUAUUUAUUAUAAACCCAUCAUGUUCUCAUUAUCAGUGCUGUCUUGAUACGUAAAGAUAUUACUUGAUAAG